AUGUCAGUUAUGAGUUAGAAUAAUGAUCCCUCUAUGAAAUAAAGAGACAAUAAUCGCCAACAAAUCACAUCACUAAGUAAGCAUUUAUAGGUUCAUAGUCUAGAUCAAUUAUCAAAUAUGUAUGGAAAGUCAAAGCCAGGUGAAUUGGCAUAAUCACUAGUUUAUGGUGAUAAACCCAAAAAAGAAAACAAUCGUCCCUCAAAAUAAAUGUAAACUGCUGUUUCUGAGAAACCAAACUAAUGGUAAACGCGAACUUUGGCUGUGUCUCCUUCCAAAUUUACAGUUCUCGCCUAAUAACUUUAUAAUCAUAUCCCAGACACAUUGGAAGCCCAUAAAUCUUAAAGAGCAUUCCAUGUUAAAGAUUAGAAAUUGUUGUUGUCUCCAGAGAGAUUACAUUCACUACCUAAUUAAAAUGGAGAUAAAACUCCAGAAGUCUGUAAUAGACUCCUUGAAUACAAGACCUUUGUAAGUGACAAGAAACAAACACUCAAAGAAUAAUUGGAUGCUGAAUACUUGAGUCAAUGCAGCUUUUAACCACAAAUAGAUGAGAAGAGUAGAAAAAUGGCCAUAAAAGCUACAAAUCAAGAAGUUCGUUCUGCAGAUGAAUUUCAUGAAUAAUAAAUGAGACAUCUUCAAAAAGUCAAUGAAAAGAGAGAAGUCCUCUAGAAACAAUAAGAGGAAGAUGAAUAGGCUGAAUUAUCUAGUCCAAAAUUAACAGUUAAGACUUAGAAAUUAACAUUAAAAUAUUGCGAGUAGCCUCUUGUUGAAAGAUUGCAUGAAGUCAAGUCUAAGACUUAAACAUUACCUGAUUCUACUUUAGGUCAUUCAUUCAAACCCUAGAUAUCCAAGAAAUCCAAGGAAAUCAAAAGAGAAGAGUCAGUCUAAGAUUUCUUAUACAAUGAUGCUAAAAAUAGGUUAGAAUAAAAGAGAUAAACUGAAACUAUGAUUCCAUAAUCAGUCAUAGCUCCUACUGACAAGAGUUAAUCUUGGUUUGUUCAAAGAUUUAUCAAGGAAUUCUAUUACUAAUUGAGUGGUUUAGAUAGAGUUCAAGAAACAAAGGAUUAUUCUAAGAUAUAUUAGGAUGACUUCUAAAAAAUAUUGGGAGGUCUAGGUUUUGGAUAAUGUGAUAUGUUGUGGAAUGAGUUGAAUAAUGGAUUUUAUGUUUUAUCAAGAAACUUACUGGUUAUCCUAUUAGCCAUCCAAGCAGUACCAUAACACUUAAUAGAAAUACCAUUGUAUAAGCCUAAAGUGGAAGAAAACAUUUAAGUUAAGUCUAAAUAUUAAUGUGAUGAGAAUGGAAAUCUGAUAUUGAGUGUUGGGGAUUGUUAAGAAUUACACAAGAUGUUCUACAAAUUAUAUUUGAAUACUAAACAACAGAAUGGAAAUGGAGUUAGAAGAAGAAUGGCUCGUUCUCCAUAGCCUGACAUCAGAUGUGGAUCACCCAAGAUAUCAGAUAGAACUAAACAAUUGGCUGAAGCCAAGAGAUAAGAUUCAUCAUUGUUUGAAUGGUUCACUCAAUAAGAGGAGAAGAAGAAGUAGGGUUUGGAGGAGUUAAAGAAACAAGUAGAGGAGGAAAGGAUGAAGGAGUGUAAAUCUAUCUAGAGAGAAAUUACAAUAGAUUUACAACAAUUAGCCAAGCCUCUCUAAAAGCAAGAGGAUAGAACAACUGUGGAUGUGGAAUUUGAUAAUCAAUAAUAGCAUUGCACAUUCCAACCAUAGAUUAGUAAACCAGCCUCAAAGACUUAAGCAAGUAAUUAUGCUUCUCAAGAGAUGGAAAAAUAGGCUGCAAGAAUGAAGGAAGCUAGAUUGAGAUAGAAGACACUUGCAAAUUUAAAGAACAAGGGAACCACCACUAAUAAUACCAUUAGAAGAAAGGAGAAGUGUCUUACUGAGAAUGAACUCAAUAAUGAACCAAAAUAAAAGAAGAAUAAGAGUAGACCAAUUAGUGACAAGACCACUCCCAUGUUGUAUGUAGAUGUUAAGAUUGAGGAUGGCAAAAGUGCUAGAAUUGUAGUGUUUGAAGGGGAUACUUCAAUCAGUUUGGCCAAUAAGUUUGCUAAAGAACAUAAAUUGGAUGAGAAUAUGAAGGAGAAACUUAAGGACUUGUUGGAUUAAUAGAUUAAUUCUUAUUUGAUGAAGAUUGAAGAAGAGUAAGAACAGGAAGAUGAUUGA